CCCUGUAUACUGGCAAUGCUAAAAGCUCUGUGAAUGAUCUAUCACCUAGCACCAUCUCGUGGUGUGAAUGCAGGUGAACCUGCGUGCUCCGUUGAUGGGUGGCCUCCGCCUGGACGUGCUCGUCGCCGAGACCUUUGGCCGAGAGCGGCACAGCGUGCUUCAGACGGCGCGCCUGUGGCGCCAGAACGUGUCGGCUUUCAUCGGGCCCCAGGAGACCUGCGUCCACGAGGCCUACCUGGCCGCUGCCCUCAACUUGCCCAUGGUGUCCUACAGUACUCGUGCUUUAGUUGGCUUAGUUUCUUUUGACAAAGACCGUACAUCGCAGUUUUGCUUGGGCCGUGAGACCUCGGACAAGCAGCGCUUCCCGACUUUCGCCCGCACCCGUCCGCCCGAGACGCACAUCUCCAAGUCGGUGGCCGCGCUGCUUGCCCACUUCGGGUGGCGACAGGUGGCGCUGUUCUACGCCUCGCGGCUGGGUCACGUGGCCGACGGCGUCAUGUCGACGCUCACGUCGCACGGCGUCCGGCUGCGUCACGUGAGCUCGUGGAACGAGACCUACCACUACGGCUACGGCCCGAGUCCGUUCGAGACGAUGCUCAAGGAUGCCGCGCCAAAGGCGAGAGUGUUCAUCGUGCUGGGCCAGUACUUCGAGCACAUCGGCCUCAUGGCGAGCCUGGAAGCCCGCGGACUGCUACAGGGCGGAGAGUACUUCGUCGUUGGCGUCGACGUCCAGCAGUACGACGCCGAAGGACCCACGCGUUAUCUCACUGGUCUGUUCCGUGAGGAACCGGACCUUUCCGUGGUGCGCGCCUUCCGCUCCUACAUCGGCAUCGUAGGCUCCCCGGCCUCGGGAUUCGAGGAGUUUUCGGUGGCCGUCAACGAGUACAUGCAGAGGCCUCCCUUCAACAUCGUCAAUGCCGCCAACACCAUUGGAGGCAGGAAGAAGAUUCCGUCGGAGGGCGCCUACCUGUACGACGCCGUCAUGGUGUACGCGAGGGCCGUCAAUGCGUGCGUCGAGCACGGAGGCGACUUCCGGAACGGCAAGCAUCUGUUCGAGCACAUGCGGGGACGAUCAUACCACAGCGCCAUGGGAUACAUGGUGCGCAUGGACGACAACGGGGAUGCCGAGGGCAACUACACCCUGAUUGCGCGCAAGAAAUCCGGCGGUCAGAGGGGAAGCAUGUUCGGCCUCUUUCCCGUGGGGGUCUUCGAACUCUCCGGCAAUGAAUCGGCCCUGCCGGUCUUGAAGCUCUUCGACACAAUUGAAUGGAUCAAGGGAGAGCCUCCAAGGGACGAACCUCCAUGUGGAUUCAACGGAGAGAAGUGUAUCUUAUGGAAGAUUCUGGGCAGCGUCUCCUGCGGCGUGCUUGUCCUACUAACGAUAGUUGCCUUCGCAGCCUACAGGUACUGGGCAUACGAGCAGGCACUGGACAGGCUGCUUUGGAAGUUGGACUUCCACGAGAUACAAAUGCGAGGAGGUCCCACGGUGCAUCAGCAGGCCACCAAGACGGUAUCGUGCGCGAGCCACGGCGCCAGCGGUCUCUCCGACAACAACAGCGGCUGCGACGGCCUCGCGCCGGCGCCGACGUCAUCGCAGCUUUCGCUGUCGUCACAGCCCGAGUUCCGCUACUCGCAGCUCUACGCUCCGGUGGGCGUCUACCGGGGCCGCCUGUGCGCCGUCAAGAGGAUCCGAACGAGGUCGCUGCUACUCACGCGCACGCUCAAGAAGCAGCUCAACAUGCUCCGCGACCUUCGGCACGAUAACCUCUGCUCUCUGGUGGGCGUGUGCGUUGAGCCUCCCAACGUGUGCGUCGUCACCGACUACUGCAGCCGGGGAAGCCUGCGCGACCUCCUGGACAACGAGGACAUCCGCCUGGACAACAUGUUUGUCGCCUCGCUCGUCGACGACCUCGUGCGGGGUAUGCUGUUCUUGCACGAGAGUCCGGUGCGCAGCCACGGCGACCUGCGCUCUGCCAACUGCCUCGUCGACAGCCGCUGGGUCCUCAAGGUGGCCGACUUUGGACUGGCCCAGAUCAAGCACAGCGCAGGUGACGACGGUCACCAUGGCAGCGGCCAAAGACAGUCCAAGGAACACAGACUUCUGUGGCGCGCUCCUGAAUUGCUGCGUGACCCGGAAGCACCACCGGAAGGGACGCCACGCGGUGACGUCUACUCGUUUGGCGUAGUGCUCUUCGAGAUGCUCGCCAGGUCGGGACCUUUCGGCAAGACCACGCUCACAGACAGCGAGAUCUUGGAGCGCGUCCGGCGCCCUCCUCUCCGCCAAUCAGUGACGGACGGCGAGAAGGAGCAAGAGGAGUCUCCCUUCAGGCCCCCGCUGUCUCAAUUGGCCGGGCCGUGGGACGUGGAGUACGUGCGCGCCCUGCUGACCGAAUGCUGGGCUGAGGCGCCCGACCAGCGACCGGACUUCAAGGCGGUGCGCGCCAGGCUAAGGCACAUGCGUCGGGGACUCAAGCCGAGCAUCGUGGACAACAUGCUGUCCAUGAUGGAGACGUACGCGACCAACCUGGAGGCUCUGGUGGACCAGCGCACCGACCAACUGGCACAGGAGAAGCGACGCGCCGAUGCACUGCUGUAUGAGAUGCUAACAAGCUGUACACUUGGAGACAAACGGCAACUUGUUCUGAGUUGCAGGACGGUGGCCGACCAGCUGAAGCGUGGAAAGAAGGUCGAGGCGGAGAGCUUCGACUCGGUCACCAUCUAUUUCAGCGACAUCGUGGGCUUCACAAGACUGUCGGCGCUGAGCACACCCAUGGAGGUGGUGGAGCUUCUGAACGACCUGUACACGUGUUUCGACGCGGUGAUCGAGAACUACGCGGUGUACAAGGUGGAAACCAUCGGGGACGCCUACAUGGUGGUCGGCGGGCUGGCGCGCCACCCGGGCGUCGCGCACGCCUCCCAGGUGGCGUCCAUGGCACUGCAUCUGCUCAGGAUUGUGCGUCACUUCCGCAUCCGGCACAGGCCGGACGAGACGCUCAUGCUUCGCGCGGGAUUACAUUCGGGUCCUGUUUGCGCCGGAGUUGUAGGCAGAAAGAUGCCUCGCUACUGUCUCUUCGGCGACACGGUCAACACCGCUUCCCGAAUGGAGUCCACGGGAACACCGCUCAAGAUCCACUGCAGCGAGAGCUGCAAACAGCUCCUGGACAAAGCAGGAGGGUACAUCCUGGAGGAACGAGGACUAGUCUAUGUUAAGGCAAGGUUUUUCGUUAUGUUCAAGAUAUCUUCAGUUUUGUUUCAAACUUCCACUGAUUAAUAACAUUUUUGGAGAGCGUAGACUUUUCCGAUUAUGCAGGAGCCACGAUAUGGAAUUCUUUAUCACUGCAGCAUUAAAAAUAAUAUGUACUUUGUAAGCUAUGCUAAACAAUAGAUUAAGUGUGCCACAUCUAUUUCACCCUUCUAAAACAAAGGUGUUUCUGUAUCAUAUGCUUUCCUAUUACUAUUCUUUGUAUUUGUGUUGGUGAUGUUAUCUAUAAGGCAUUUGUAUCGAAUUGUAUUACAGCGUAUUAACUUUUGUUCCUCU